CUGCCCUCUCAUGCUCUGGCUGGCCCAUGCCAGGAAGCUCGCGACUCUCCCCCCCGCUCUGAGACAUGCUCGCUGCUACAGCGCACGCGUGAAGGAUGAUUCCAGGUGGCCGGGUUGGGAUGUGGUAGUCGGCAUCGAAGUACACGCACAGAUCAAGUCGAGAAAGAAGCUAUUCUCCGAUGCGAUCACGUACAGCGGGCUAGCAAACGUCUCCGUCUCUCCCUUCGACGCCGCCUUCCCGGGGACAUUACCUCGUCUGAACCCGAAAUGCGUCGAGCUCGGCGUGAGGACCGCAGUCGCGCUGAACGCCAACGUGCAGCGCCGCUCUGCCUUUGACCGGAAGCAUUACUUCUAUGCUGACCUCCCGGCGGGUUACCAAAUAACCCAGCAUUAUGCACCAUUUGCUACCGGCGGCCAACUUCAACUCGAGAUAAAUGACACAUGCGUUCGUAUCAAGCAGAUCCAACUUGAGCAGGACACGGGGAAAUCUACUUUCGACCCAAGGAACCAGGAGUCCUCUAUAGACCUGAACCGCGCUGGGGUCGGUCUCAUGGAGAUAGUCUCUGAACCUGACAUGCGGUCACCAGAGGAGGCUGGACAGUAUGUACGCGCUCUUCAAGCAUUGCUGCGCGCCGUCGGAUCGAGCGACGGGAACAUGGAGCAGGGGUCACUACGGUGUGACGUGAACGUCUCGGUCAACCGACGAGGUGAACCGCUCGGGACGCGUUGCGAGAUCAAGAACCUCAACAGCGUUAAGUUCAUCAUGGUAGCCAUUACCUCUGAGGUUCGCCGGCAGAUCGCCCUCCUUGAGAACGGUGGCUCCGUCUUGCAGGAAACGCGUGGCUUCAAUGAAGAUAAAGCCGAGACCUACUCAUCACGUAGCAAAGAGGACGCGCCCGACUACAGAUACAUGCCUGAUCCGAACCUGCCGCCAUUGCUCAUCGGCGAGACGUACGUCUCGCAAAUCCGAGAAACGAUGCCAGAACUCCCUGACGCAACACGAGCGCGUCUGCUCGGGCUGGGGUUGUCGAGGAGAGACGCGGAUGUCCUCAUGGAUGUUGACUCCGGGCGGGAAGUCAAGGAUGACGGAGUCUUGGCCCCUGGCCCGGUCGCGUACUUCGAUGAAGUAUCGCGCGGUCGUGAUCCCAAGGUCGUCGUGAACUGGAUAACACAUGAACUCCUCGGCCAACUGGCCUUCCGCGAAAAAGCCUUCUCCAACAACCCCAUCGACGCCAAACAAAUGGGAGAACUGAUAGAUUUGGUGCAGAGCGGGAAAAUCACUGGAACGGCGGGCAAGACACUCCUUCGGCAUAUGCUGGACAAUUGCUCUGCAGAGAUGCCUGCUGAAUUGGCUAGCGAGUUGUCCCUGAUUGCUGAUGACGGCGCCGCGCUACGAAAAUGGUGCACGCAAGCUAUCAAAGCUCUGACUCAAGAAGCGGAUGUGGUGCGUGGCGGAAAUGUGAAUGUAGUCAACAAGAUCCUCGGGCAUGUGAUGAAGGCGAGCAAAGGGAGAGCAGAUGCGAAAGCAGCGAGAGCGAUGUUGCUUAAGCUGCUGAAGGGGGAGGAGCGUGACAGACCGAAGGGCGAAAAGCCUGGGGACAGCUGAUGUGUAAAAUCGUAUUGUUACACCCCGCUUGCUAAUCUUACAGGUCUUAUGGCGAUGUCUA